AUGACACGGAGGAGGUGCCAAAAGUUUACCGAAGUUACUGCAGGAGGCGGAGGAGGCAGCCAAAAAUGUUCUGAGGUUACAGCAAAAUACGGAGGAGGUGGCCAAAAGUUUUCCGAAGUUACAGCAGGAGGCGGAGGAGGCAGCCAAAAAUGUUCUGCGGUUACAGCAUGGGAUGGAGGAGGUGGCCAAAAGUUUUCCGAGGUUACUUCAGGAGGUGGAGGUGGCGGCUAA